GUUUCAGUGCGUACGGCCCAGUGAAAUCGGUUAACGGCAUUUUUGUGUUGUGACACGUUAAGUUGGAUUUAAAAGAGAACGAUGAUCAAGUGGUUUAUUUUGUUUGAACUGUGCUUUUUAAAUUCAGCGAUUCAAAAUGAAGAAUCCAACGCGGAAGCAAACGAACCACCAGAAGGUUAUUACGCAUUCGUGGAGUCUCCAAAUGCCGAACCACCUAGAGUACGCCCACCGCCAUACUCUUACGCUCCGAUCGACUGCAAAGAGGAGGAGAAUAGGGGUAAUCCCGUAGCAGAUUUCAAUCUUUGUGGCGAUCUAAACUUGGGGGUGAUACCUAUGAAUCCUAUGGGACAGAACGUUCUUGGCUAUCGUUAUCCUUUCAUGCUGAUUAGAAACAUGACACUAAAAUAUUUCAGCAAAACCUUGCCUAUUUUGAAAAUGGACAAUACGUUGCCUAAAGUGGCUCAGUUCCAAGAAGAUCUUGUUUCACAAAAUUCAAUAAUAUCGUUGCCAAACAACGAUAGAAGUGAUCGGGUCGGAAGAAGCGUAAAGACCAUCGAUUCGAACGCAACGACAACUCAAACUCCCCCAGAAAGACAACCAAAAAAGUUCUGCGACCAGGGCGGCGUAUUCUGCAUGCUUUACAAAGCCAUCAACGGGGAAACUUCAACUGCUACCCAAACAGUCUCAUCUCAUCAGUUACCGAUCGAAAGGAGAGAUGAAAAUGUACAGCUGAGGUAUGAGGGACCGCCAACCCCUUGUCCCGCCAAAGUAGAAUAUGCAACCCCCGUUUUCGCUAAGAACUAUCAAGGAAUUUGGAGAUACGUCGUUCAAAUACCUUACGAGGGAUACUUCACGCAAACAGUGGAAGUUACUAGAUGUUUGCAAUCAAGAUGUCACUAUUUGGAUGGAGGAUGUUUAUCUUCGCCCAGGUGGUCGAGUCUUUUAGUGGCCGAAAUUUACUACCCGGAUACGGUUCUGAGCAACAGUGAUACGAUCAACCCUCAAAGAAAUCCGGUACCCGCUUCACAACCGCCCUCCGUUCAAGAUUUUCAGAAUUACCAACAAUACUUGCAAAAGAGAGCGGGAAUCCCACCUGGUCAAUACGAAUCAUCUACAACGCCACGACCGACUCACUGCGACGGCGUCGACGCAUUGGGUUGCUUUCAAGUUCGGCUUUACUUCGAUUGGUUCUUGAUUCCUGGUUCCUGCAAAUGCUGGAGACCAGACUACUUCAACAAGUAUGUGAGGAGAAAACCCGGCAAUCAAGACCUUUGAAUUGGAUUUAAUUUUGAGACUGAUUUAGCCAAAUAUAAGAAAUAACUAAAGGUUUAUUUAGCUAAACCCACGACUUGAAAGAUAUUAGUUUUCCCGUGGAGGUAAGCGAAAGUGAAUUAACAACUGCCAAAGCUUUAUCAUCUUGAAUUUAUUUUUCAACAGGUCCUCAAAAAAUUGUGUUUUAUUUCGUCAUAUUUAUGUAAAAUAACAUUACCAUGAAAUGAUGCUUUUGGAUACCAAAGAAAAUAAUAUAAAAAAAUGUUAUUUUCUUUGAUGAUAUUAAUUUUGAGGCAAUUCAUUAUCCUAAUGUAAAUAUAUAUUAUAAUAAGUUAUUGUUUCUAUUUUUGGUUGCAGUU